AUGAGAUCAGGCUAUACAGCCAUUAGAACGUCUGCAAGGCUCGCGCAAGCCAAUCCAGGCCACCUCCAUGCAGAUCAACCACCGCCACCUGCGAGGAUGGACACCAAGCAAUCAAGGCCUACAACUGAGGCUGGCUGGGAUAAGCCACAGGCACACGGCUGGAGCACUCCUUCUACAUCCUCUAAAGGCAAGGAAAAGGAGGUGGAAUCGAACCAGGCUGCAGCACAACCAGCACAGCCAACAGGAUCAACAGAAUCACAAUCAUCUACAACCCCGUCCAAACCAAAAUCCAGACUUAAAGCCCGUUCAGCUGCACUUCAAUUGUCCCAGAGUGCGGUUGAACAGCUUCGAUUCUUAAGCUCAUCUAGAGGCGAGCUAUUGAGAGUUGGCGUCAAGAACAAGGGAUGUUCUGGAAUGUCAUAUCACUUGGAAUAUGUCGAAAAACCAGCCAGGUUUGAUGAGGUGGUCGAACAAGAUGGUGUAAAGGUCUUGGUGGAUUCUAAGGCUCUAUUCUCCAUCAUUGGAAGUACCAUGGAUUGGGUUGAUGACCGGUUAUCAUCCAAAUUCGUUUUUAACAACCCAAACGUCACAGAAACGUGCGGAUGUGGUGAAUCUAUGAGCUUUAGUUGA